AUGCCUCCCAUACCAACAGACUUCCCUUUGGACAUUGUUGCUGUAGUUCGCAGAGGAAAUGGAGCUGCGGCAGGCGCUUGGCGUGGCGGUCUUACUCCCGGAGGUGUCGACCUCAUCGCUAUGAUAGUCAGUGAUUCCGGACUUGCAAGUACCGAACCGCAGUGGUGGAAUUGCUCUACAAAAGGGUGCGUCUUCAUAGGCCUCCAACCCCGUGGAGGCUGGCAGGUUAUGCAGCGAGCCGUUCAAUGGGGCAACGACCCCAUUUCCAGUAUGUUUGGCGUAACAUGCUCGAAGCCGUCUAGAUACGCCUAUUUUUCGUGCUCCAUUAGGAACCGACUCGAAAAGUGGGAUUCCCCCGCAUGGUCAUCACCCACCGAAGCUGUGGACAACGCGAGUGGAUGGAAGGAUGUUGGUGGAUCACACGUACGCCGGCCAACCAAAUUAAUUGACGGAAGUCGAGGUGGACAGGCGUUCAUCUGCUCUCUUCUUUUACCAGAGAAGGAGACAUCCUACACCAUCGACGUCCAGGCCCGCAUGCAGUUCAGAAGCAUUCUGCUCGUUGCGGCUGGCUUGAUGAAACCCAACAGCUUAGUACAUUUGGAUGACAUUAUGGAGAAUGACUUUCAGCUCAGUCCCAGGUUAGGCGUUAUCUUUCGACGUCUACUGAUCAUCCUCGCCAUUGCCAACGUCAUUGUAAUGGGGAUCGCCAUCGCCACCGUUUACAGCAUCUUUCGGGACAACCUCUUUGGUAAAGUCAUACCUUAUGUGGCUCAGGCUGCAUCCUUGCUACUAUGGGCAGUCGGCGCUAUUGGUCUGCUAAUGCUAGGUGGAAACCCCCGUGUCAAGAACAUUAUACUCCCCGACUCCGAUUUACCACCCUACAUCCUUAAUAGAUUAGCGGAGCUCAAGACCAAAGUAUCAAAGGAAGGUCUGGUCGAGAUUCAGUUUGGAUCAAUUCACGGCUCUCAUUACAUUCCUGACCAUGGGUCCUGCUCCCUCCCAUUUUUUGUUGUCGACAGGAUGUGCAGAUGGGAAAUAGGCGUAGUCAGGUCUCGGAAUUGGUAUUUCGGGAUUGGGUGGUGGAGUACUUGCUUAUUGCUGAGCAUUGGACUGCAGAUUAUGGGUGCUCAGGUUGCAACGGUAGCGUCAGAAAUAUUCUCGAUUAUUGUGCUGCUCAUGACAGCAUUGGCGAGGGGAUAUGGUGUCGCCGGGCCAGAAGAGUGGUUGAUCCCGGGGCGUAAAAGCCGUCGAACGGCAGGGUAUGGAGCGUCCCUCGUUGGUAAAUUUGAAGCACGAGCAGGUGCAUGA